AUGCUCGGACUUGGCACAACGCUUCGACCAGCUUUCGCCUUUGGACGACAAAUCGCUCAACUAUCAACACAUCAUGAGAAGAUGUUGAUCGUUCAGCGAGUCGGUGCCAAGCAAAACGUGGGAUUAAUCAAACUGAAUCGACCGAAAGCGCACAACGCUCUUUGCACGCCACUUAUGAAAGAGAUGCAAACGGCUGUCAAAGAGUUCGAAGAAGACGACAAAAUUGGAGCCAUUGUGAUCACUGGAAGCGAAAAAAUUUUUGCGGCAGGGGCUGAUAUCAAAGAAAUGGUAGUAAAAGAUUUUGCGACAAUUUACACGGGAAAGGAUCAUUUCCUUGAUGAGUGGAAGACAAUCGCCGAAUGCAAGAAGCCGAUCAUUGCAGCUGUUAAUGGGUUUUGUCUUGGUGGUGGCUGUGAAUUGGUUAUGGCGUGUGACAUCAUUUACGCAGGUCAUCAUGCACAAUUCGGGCAACCUGAAAUCAACAUUGGAACGGUUCCCGGUGCUGGAGGGAGUCAAAGAUUAACGCACGCUGUCGGGAAAUCUCUUGCGAUGGAAAUGGUACUCACGGGAAAUCGCAUUGAUGCAGAAACGGCAUUGAGAGCUGGUCUUGUUUCAAAGGUAUACCCAGCAAAGGAGGUUCUUGCCAAAGCGAUCGAACUUGGCGAAAAGAUUGGCGAACAAUCACCGUUGAUUGUGCAAAUGUGCAAAGAAGCUGUGAAUAGUGCCUACGAGUUGACGCUGAAAGAAGGACUUCACUUUGAAAGACGUUUAUUCCAUGCCACUUUUUCUACGCAUGAUCGAAAGGAGGGAAUGAGUGCUUUCGUCGAAAAACGAAAACCAAAAAGGAGCUUGGAUUCAAAUUUCGAUAUGGGCAACAAUCAACCCGGAGGCACAACCAAACGAGAGCGAGGCGAGAUGGGGCAAAGUCCAGGCGGGAGGACGCGCGCGAUGAGCGGAAACCCGCCACCCAACUUAAGCAGUUCGGCCGAAGAUGGAUGUCCUGUACAGGUGAAAAUUGCGAAAAGCCUUGACGAUUCGAAUGGCUCCCUUCCGAGUGUGGCCACACUGACUGUGAAAGAUAAAAACGAGUAUCCAGUGGUUUUUAAGUGGCAUGGUGGAUCACAAUCGGGACCACGACAAGUUUCUAUCUGUGGUUCGUGGGACAAUUGGAGACGAAAGAUCCCGCUAGUGAAAUCGCAGAACGACUUCACGACAAUCGUCGAGUUACAACCAGGUGACCACGAGUACAAAUUUAUGAAUAACGUAAUCCACAUUGAUGAGGCUGAUUUUGAGGUUUUUGAUGCGCUCGAUAAAGAUCUUGCCUCGUCGAACGCCGGUGAAGCGAUGAGAAACUUGAACAAGGCUCCUACCAGCCAUGAUACACCAAAUGAUCGUGAAUUGGAAAAAAUGCACGCUUUUUCACAGGAAGUCCCGGAUCGUAAAGACUUCGACAAAGCAGCAAAUCCUCCUGUACUUCCACCUCAUCUUCUGCAGGUUAUUUUGAACAAAGAUGUGCCCGUGCAAUGUGAUCCUAAUGUCCUUCCCGAGCCAAAUCAUGUCAUGCUUAAUCACCUUUAUGCGCUCUCGAUCAAGGACGGUGUGAUGGUGCUUUCUGCAACUCAUAGGUACCGCAAAAAGUAUGUGACCACUCUCCUCUACAAGCCGAUCAGU